AUGUCAGGACGCAGCCUAUCUGAUGAGUUCCGCGAGGAGCAUGCUAAUUUCUGGACCCUCAUGGAGCAGAUCAUCCAUGGCCUUAGGAACAACUAUCCAGCAAACCAAGACGAGAUCAUUGGCCGCAUGGGCCAGCUCAAUCUCCAGCUCUCAGCCCUUAGAAGAGCCGGAGAGAUGAUGGGCGCGAGUUACCCACCUAGCGACAUCCUCCGCGAUGCUCCUCCCCUGUACUUCACCGGCCGCGCUCAACGCCAUCAGAACUACUUCGGUACCGAAUUCGGUUACUCCUGUUGGUAUACCCAAGCCCAGUUGGGCUACUUCAUUGCAGACCUUCUCAAUCAGAGAGACCACACCCGCGUAGCAGACCAGCUAGAGCAGCUGCAAACGAGUUGGCUGUUGACGGAAAUGAGAGUCUUCCCCCGCCAACUCCCCACGCGCAAUCCUGUCGAGCAGCCAGUCAAUAUCGUGCACAUUGAUGGCCCACCAUACUAUAUACCAGGCGGUCCUGGACCACGCAUCAAGGCAGCAAGGACCAUUGGUCCAGUCCGCACACACCCACAUAUCCGUCUGCCCGCCCCGACCGAUACCAUUCACGGCGCGGCACGGCGAACACGGCAUCGCGCGGCACCAUACCCUGGCCGGGGUGUUCGCCGGGGUAACCCCCCAAUGCCUAAGCUGGCCCUCCCACUCCCUAAUAUCAUGCAAAAUGGCGAUGCUUCCCAUCUUCCACGACCGAAUCUUCCCGGUGUUCAGUCCCUUUUCGCUCCACAAACCCUCCCCGGUGGAAUUACCCUUCCCGCUGUACCUGCCGUAUCUAUGCCACCCCCACGUGGUAUGCAGAUCCCGUCUACUGUACCAGCACCAGCACCUAAUACUGGCGACACUUUGUCUGUUUUGAAUGCCAAUAUCACGGAUAUUUUGCAUAGAGACCGGUCCCGUCAGAACCCCGGCCCUGGACAAUAA